UGUUUGUGAAGAAUGAGUUGGGCAAGGAAAGACUUACAGUUCCGCUUGAAUCGUAUGACAUCGGUUGUUAGCCCUUUGCCUCCAGAUCACAUAGUAAAUGGACAGAAUCACAUGUUGACAAAAAUGAAGAAAACAUCGAAGGAGAAAUACAAGAAGUUGUUUAAGUUGAUAGUAUUGACGGCCAUACCGACACUUAUUGUAAUAACACAAAGUGUGGUGAACCUCAAUGAGGAUUAUCAGAUGUAUCACGCCAAUCGUAUUGUCAAAGAAGGCAUACAACAAACCAUUACAAUUAGUGACGUCAUCCAUCAGGUACAGAUAGAAAGAGGGACGUCGGCACUUUAUGUCACAUCAAAUGGCGACCCCUUUGUAAGACAGCGAUUGGUGACGUAUUACGGCCACACGGACGUAGCCAUUACGUCACUUUCUACGGUUUCUCUCUCUUUAAAUCUUAGCAAUUUAAAGAUUACUGCGGAAUACCAACUACAAGAAUAUAUAGCAGUGUUUCGACAAAACCUACAGCCAGAAAACACCACAUUGAACGCUGUUAUACAGUUUUACACAGAGAUAAAUGUGAAACUUAUUGAACUUAUGUCUGAUAGGGUCAGAAUGAAGAGACCGUUUAGUUUCUGGACUGAAUUAGCUGCGUAUCAGCUCAUCAUUGCUAGUAAAGAAGAGGCGGGGAUCGAACGGGCUUUAGGGAGCACAUACUUUGCCAGAGGUGCUCUUCCGGUCCAUGAUCUUCUGUGGUAUAAUGAAAAGAACGUUUUGGGACUAACUCUUCUUGACCAGGGGCUGAAAUUCUCCGCGCAUGCGAAGGACCUUCUUCGUUCAUCAAUCAGUGGUACAAACUUAGUUGAAAGUUUAUCAAAUAUGAGAGAGGACAUUAGAAACAAUACAUUGAGUGGACCCUCUAUUCAUUACAGUACUCUUUGGUUUGAUAACAUGACGACAUAUAUAGAUAUUCUGAAAUACGUUCAAGAAAGUCUGGCCUCGAGUAUAGUCAAGAGCGCUAAUGAAGAUAUUAGUCAUCUUAAGAAUCAACUAAUAGCAAGUAGUGUACAGUUGUGUGUUGCGGUUAUCAUGAUGCCUGUGGUUCUUGUUCUUGUUAGAAACAUUGUUAACAUUUCUAGUAAGCUCAAGGAACGGACGUUUGAUUUGGAGGAAGAAAAACAACAAACGGAAAAGCUUCUGACUGAAUUAGAAGACGAACGUAAACGAACGGAAGCACUGUUGCAUCAGCUCCUACCAAAGUCGGUUGCUACAACUCUUAUGGAAAAUGGAAGUGUUGAUCCGGAGUCGUUUAGUUCAGUGACAAUAAUGUUUUCAGAUGUUGUGGGAUUUACGAAGAUAGCAAGCUCAAGCACGCCGAUGGAAGUCGUCCAAAUGCUGAACAAACUGUAUAAGAUUAUGGAUGGACAUGUGGAAAGAUUCGAUGUAUACAAAGUGGAAACUAUUGGUGAUGCAUAUAUGGUCGCGUCUGGGUUACCGAAACGAAAUGGGGAGAACCACGUGGCGGAAAUUGCGGAACUUUCUAUUUCCCUGCAAACUGAACGUCUGCUGAUACCACACAGAGACAAUGAAGCUAUACAUUUACGUAUAGGGUUUAACACUGGUCCAUGUGUUGCCGGUGUUGUCGGUAUAAGAAUGCCCAGGUAUUGUAUAUUUGGAGACACUGUCAAUACUGCAUCCAGAAUGGAAUCAACCGGCUUACCUUUUAAAAUACAGAUGACACAAUCAAGCGCUGACAAAUUAUUACGUUUGGGACGCUUCAUAAUUUCAAAAAGAGGAGAAGUUGUUGUCAAGGGCAAAGGUGUCAUGGUUACUUAUUGGCUGGAGGGAAAGGCUUUACCAUAACUAUCCAUAACAAGACUGAAUAACCAUCCGUAACGAGUUAUGAUAACCAUCCAUAACAAGCCAGAAAAAAAAAACAUCCAUAACAAGUCAUAAUAACCAUCCUUAACAAGCCAGAAAAAGACCGCAAGAAGUUAGAAGAACCAUCCAUAACAAUACAGAAUAUCAAUCCAUUAUAAGUCAGAAUAGCUAUCCAUAACAAAUCAGAAUAACCAUCCAUUACAAGUCAGAAUAGCCAUCCAUAACAAAUCAGUAUAACCAUCCAUUACAAGUCAGAAUAGACAUCCAUAACAAAUUAGAAUAACCAUCCAUAACAAGCCAGAAAAAAAAACAUCCAUUACAGGUCAGAAUAACCAUCCAUAACAAGACAGAAUAACCAUCGGUAACAAGUCAGAAUAACUAUCAAUAACAAGCCAGAAAAGCUGAAUAAAACUAAACUUGGAGACGACUAUGAACGUAUAUUUUAGCCUUGUGUCAGACAUGUGAAUUAAAGGGACUUAUAUCAAAUCAACGAACUUCUGUAAAUAUAUAGUAGACUAUGUGCCUAUAUUGUUACUUCAUUUGAUUCGUCCGCGUAUUGUUAUUUCAGGGGAUUGAUAUGGUUGUAUGCAGCCAUUUUGACUCAGCUGGAUGCUUGUCCAUAUUUGAAUUUAGGUGAUGUCAGGUCAAUGUGACGUAAGUGGAUACAUGGGCACAUUUAUGUAAACGUAUCAGUUGAUGUGCACAUAUUCUAGAAUCAUCUUCUAAUGCAUGCACAUGAGAAUACCGGAAGUUGUGCGCACAUGAACAGCUUAUUCUGUGCAUACUUUGACAACAGUGCAGUGUAUACGUGCGCACAUAUCCGUAUUUGUUUGCAUAUUUUUUGUACGAGAGGCUAUGUUUACCUAAAAGCAUCAUCGUUUUCUAAACUCACAUUAUGACGUCAGCACAUUAAUUAUCGUUGUCGUCACUAUUAUCAUGAUGUCAUAUACUUCAAAUAAUUCAUUUACCUUUAAUGUUCGUUAGCCAUUCCAUUGCAUCCAAAGAUCAAUUGUUUCGUCUGUGUUACACGAAAUAUAUGAAUUUGUCGGGAAAAUAAAAUGUGCUCAAAGUAUAUUUAGAGAAGAUUUUAUCUGUAAUAUUGUACUUAUAUGAUUAUGUAAUAAAUGUGCCUUUUGUCACUUAUUGAUGAUUGUUUAGAUGGCGUAGUUCAUAAAUCCGU